GGGCUAUCAACGGCCUCCACUUACAGCCAAAAUAUCGGUCAUGAGCCGUUUCUCAAUAUAGGCAGCAGCAUUAGCCAGGGGAAAACCGCAGCAAGGCAAAAUGCGCCGUUUACUCCACUUUCUCACACUCCUAGUUCAUCAAAGUUACAUGAUGAAAGCCGCAGGACUUCCACUUCCAGAUGUUGAAUCAGCCGAUACCGGCAAAAAAUUGAUGACGCCAAUAAGUCAAAUCAUCCCGAAAACCAAGAAACAAAAAGUUCGUGAGCUAUCUAAUGCUAAAGCUGCCUCAAGACACCAUGAUUUGGAUUCCAUGAUUGCUGGGUUGCCCAAGGGAAAAGCAAAGACGAGCACUGCUGCAAUAUAUCUGGCUCAGCAGGAAGAGGCAAAUCGCUACAUUCCUGGAGACUCUAUUCUUCAGGGAUAUACUCAAAUCAAGCUACUUAGAACAUACUUCGAUAAAUUCUCAGCCACACUUCGUUCUCCAGAACAUAACCUUGAUUCGCUUCAGUUCAUCCUUAAAAUCCCAGAUUUAUCUGCUGGAAUGUUUGGACAGCUCAAAGAUAAGAAUAGAUUUAUAAUCAGGGUACUGAUGUCUGGGGAGAGUGAAUUACCAAAUAGAUCUCAACCACAGUCAAUCGUGAAUUUGGAAGACUCUUACUACUAUUUAAUCAAAUGGAUGGCGCAGCACGAGGCGAUGUUAAACUGGCUAGACAAACUAAUCUUCGGAUGCGAUGACCUUGUUCCAAUUUGGGGGGCUAGAAAAGAAAUCAGAAGGAAGAGCGAUGAUGAGCCAUUUGAUGAAAGUCAGAUUAAAAAAUUCGAGUGA